AUUCGCUUAGAGAUUAAGUCGUUGACUUGGCUUUUGGGCUUGGCUUGGUGGGAUACGCACGCAGAUAAGUGAAGCUCUCCUCUGAGGGACAUAGAGAUCAACAAGUUUCCCAUCCAACGAGAGCUCACCUCCAGAAAUUUUAAACAUUUCCAAAUUUCCACCCAAUCACGGGGAGCCUGAAAAGCAGGAUUCGACGAGUGACGAGGGAAAUAUUUUUUUUAGUCUGGAACACACGCGUCCAAACUUUAAGAACGAGUCGUCGGGUAACUCACGAUCAGAACGAGACCUGGGAUCGACGCACGCGCACCAGAAAGCGCUCCACCGAGGACAGAAAUCGCUCGUCCUCAAAAUAGAGAAAAUGUACAAAGGGCAAGGUUCUAAAGAGGCUGGACGACUUCUUCCUCACGCCGUCCAAAAAGCACGUGCCGAUAACCACGUGCCCUCCCCUUCAGCCAACCGCAGGUCAUCAAACGCCAAUAAAUCACCACAAGUUACUGGCAAUAAGCAAGUCUGCCCAAACGUGAAGGAGGCGUUGAGAAAGAAAUUAGCCGUUGGUAGAGGUGACGCUAACCACGUGCACCCGACGCCAGCCAAACCCAAGAUAAUCUUCCCAUGCAAAAAAUGCCGGCAUAAAUCAACCAACGCAACCAGUGCUCGCCUCCACGCCCGCACUCACCUCACCUCCGCCGAACUGAAGAAGGCUUCAAUUUUCUAUGAUAAGUGCCCCCACUGCGAAAAAACGUUCUACCGUCGUGACAACUUUAGCGUCCACCUGGCUGCGCACGACGGGCGGACGAACCACGCCUGCCCCCACUGCGAGAAGAAGUUCAUCUGGAAAGCGCAGUUAACCAGGCACCUCCACGUCCACGUCCACCUGAGCCGCGAGGAGCGCGAGGAGCGCGCAGCGACCCCUUCAACCCCCAAUGCACGACCAAGUCAGAUGUGAAGAGGGCUCACCUCCCAGAAUGUCGUCGUCCUCCUGCCAAACAAUUGCACAACUGAGCGUCACCUACUGACGAUAGGUUUUAGAUAUGUAGUUUUACAUUUUCCUCAUUUUCACCAUUUGUGACGAGAUGUUUAUUCCGAUAAGCAUGGCGUCUGUAUAUAAUUCAAGUAUUAAGUUGUUUAUAUGACACGAUUUUUGUUACCGUUUUGACCAUGAGGAUUUUUAAUUAUGUAGUAAAGUGAUUCUCUUUUGAUAUAAAA